GAGACGCACACACACACACACACACCGUGUUUAUCAUCCCAGUCCAGAACGGAAGAAAUGAAGUCUUUUGGUGCCUGGUGAGGAAGUUUUAGUUCCGAGAAUUGUCCUUGCAUUCCAGCACGAUGUCUGCGAAAAGUGCAAAGUCUGGAGCUGAAAGCCGACCGUGCUCUGCAGCCAGCAUGCCUCCUCGAGGGGGGAGGGGUCCGCCAGCUGGAAGACCCCCGACCGCCGGCAGAUUUAAAAACAAGGCUCUUCAGCUCAGCCUCUCCAAGAAAUUCUGCUCCAAGUCUCCUGCCACUCCGAAAAAGGCCGGCGGUGGCGGUGAGGAGACCUGCCGGCGCAGUAAAAGGAGCCUCAGCAACAGUUCCGCUGUGGCUGCCGCCUACGUUGCCUACCUCAAUAAACUCUUUGGACAGGAGAGAGAGCUGAUGCCACUGGAGUUAGACGAGCUGCGAGAGGCCUUCAAGGAGUUUGAUUACGAUGCGGAUGGCUUUAUCCAUUACAAAGACAUUGCCGACUGCAUGAGGACCAUGGGCUACAUGCCUACGGAGAUGGAACUCAUCGAAAUCAUCCAGCAAAUCAAGAUGAGAUGGGGGGGCCAUGUCGACUUCGAUGACUUCUGUGAGUUGAUGGGCCCCAGGAUGCUCGCUGAGACCGCACACAUGGUCGGCCUCAAGGAGCUCCGUUGUGCCUUCAAACAGUUUGACUGCGACGGCGAUGGCAAGAUCACGCUGGAGGAGCUGAAGGACGGCAUGAAGAGCCUCCUGGGUGAGAAGCUGAAGAAGGGAGAGCUGGAGGAGAUCCUGGCCGACAUCGACCUCAACAAGGACGGCAACAUCGACUUUGAUGAGUUUGUGAUGAUGCUGUCUGCUCGCUGACAUGAGGACCACACACAGCUCCUGUCCUGCAGUCUGCCUGCUGUGUAUUCUACUUAGUGAUCACGCAUGGAAGGAAGGAGGGACAAUGGAUUGUAUUUUCAAAAUAAAAUGUGGGUAUUCUACUUAGCGAUCACGCAUGGAAGGAGGGACAAUGGAUUGUAUUUUCAAAAUAAAAUGUGUGUAUUCUACUUAGUGAUCACGCAUGGAAGGAAGGAGGGACAAUGGAUUGUAUUUUCAAAAUAAAAUGUGUCUAUUCUACUUAGUGAUCACGCAUGGAAGGAAGGAGGGACAAUGGAUUGUAUUUUCAAAAUAAAAUGUGGGUAUUCUACUUAGCGAUCACGCAUGGAAGGAGGGACAAUGGAUUGUAUUUUCAAAAUAAAAUGUGUGUAUUCUACUUAGUGAUCACGCAUGGAAGGAAGGAGGGACAAUGGAUUGUAUUUUCAAAAUAAAAUGUGUCUAUUCUACUUAGUGAUCACGCAUGGAAGGAAGGAGGGACAAUGGAUUGUAUUUUCAAAAUAAAAUGUGGGUAUUCUACUUAGUGAGCACGCAUGGAAGGAAGGAGGGACAAUGGAUUGUAUUUUCAAAAUAAAAUGUGUGUAUUCUACUUAGUGAGCACGCAUGGAAGGAAGGAGGGACAAUGGAUUGUAUUUUCAAAAUAAAAUGUGUCUAUUCUACUUAGUGAUCACGCAUGGAAGGAAGGAGGGACAAUGGAUUGUAUUUUCAAAAUAAAAUGUGUGUAUUCUACUUAGUGAUCACGCAUGGAUGGAAGGAGGGACAAUGGAUUGUAUUUUCAAAAUAAAAUGCUGUAGUCUGUGCAAAGGGCGAGUUAUGAAACGUUUGAUUGAAAGAAGCAAAGAUGCUGCAAUGUCGCCCCCUUGUGGCUGCAGACGCCACACACACACACACA